AUGGCGAAAGCAGACCAUACAGGAUUCAACUUCACAUCCCGUUCUCAUCAUGACACUUACCCCGCGAUCGACCCAACCAAGCGAGACCUCUCAUCAAAGUAUAUCUUCAUCACGGGAGCAUCCAAAGGCAUCGGCCGAGAAACAGCGCUAUCUUACAGUCGUGCGGGGUGUGCCGGCAUCGCAGUUGGUGCAAGAUCCAAUCUGGACGGGCUCGCAACAUCACUCAGCGAGGCAGCGUCCGAAGCAGGGAAGCCAGUUCCCCAAAUAGUAGUCGUGUCCUUAGACGUGACAGAAGAGAAAUCCGUCGCAGCGGCCGCUGCAACAGUCAACGAGGCAUUCCCACGUCUCGACAUCCUUAUCAAUAAUGCGGGGUAUCUAGAGAAACGAGCUAAGAUCGCCGAAAGCGACCCGGAAGAGUGGUGGCGGACCUGGGAUGUGAAUGUCCGUGGACCGUAUCUCGUGACACGGGCGUUUCUACCCCAGAUAUUGAAAGGAGGGGAGAAGAUCAUUGUCAAUCUCAGUAGCAUUGCGGCGCAUCUUCUUUCUCCUGGUGGCUCAGCGUAUCAGACUAGUAAGCUUGCGCUCCAGCGCUGGACUGAGUUUCUGGAUGUCGAUCAUGGACCCGACGGUAUUUUGACUUUUGCUGUGCACCCUGGUGGGGUGUUGACGGAUAUGGGCAAGCGUUUGCCUAUCGAGAGGCAGGUUGUGUUGACGGAGACGCCGAGACUUUGUGCGGAUACGCUUGUGUUUUUGACGGAAUCGAGGCGGGAGUGGUUGGCUGCGCGGUAUAUUUCUGUUACUUGGGAUAUGGAGGAAUUCCUUUCGAAGGAGGAGGAGAUAGUACAGGGUGAUAAAUUGAAAGUGAGGAUGGUUAUUUAA